GCCCCUCCUGUCUUGGAACGCAGCCCUCCAACACCACCGUCCUGUGACCCGUCCCUUCUGGACGCCAGGCGCAGCACCACCGCUCUCUACCGUCUCCGUCGCAGGCCUUCUCCGAUAGUACAAAGGCACUCGGCAGGUCUUGGCUAACCGGACUUGGCAGAAAACAUAAAGCGCGACUUCCACCGCAUCGGUCGCCACGGCAGCUCGCGUUCUCUCAGCGAUCCAGUUAUGCCGCAACCGCAAAAUGGCUCGACAGAGCACACCCCGCUGCUCGGCACCACUCGCCCCGACGAGUCGGCCAUCACCAGACUGCCCAAGCAUUUUAUGCACCUCGUCUAUGCGACGCUGGUCAGCAACUACGUCAAUGUCCUGCUCGUCUUCGUCCCCGUUGGCAUCAUCGCCGGCGCCCUCGGCUGGAACCCCACCGCCGUCUUCAUCCUGAACUUCAUCGCCAUCAUCCCGCUGGCCGCGCUGCUGUCCUUUGCGACUGAGGAGCUCUCUGCCAAGCUCGGCCAGACGCUGGGUGGCCUGAUGAACGCCACCUUUGGCAAUGCCGUCGAGCUCAUCGUUAGCAUUGUCGCGCUCAAGCAGGGCGAGAUCCGCAUUGUCCAGGCCAGCAUGCUGGGCAGCAUCCUGUCCAACAUCCUGCUUGUGCUCGGCUGCUGCUUCCUCGCUGGCGGUAUUCGCGAGCAGGAGCGCAGCUUCAACGAGACCGUCGCAUCGACAAUGUCCUCGCUGAUGGCUGUCGCAUCUGCGUCGCUGAUCAUUCCCGCGACCCUGUACGCGACCAUCUCCGGCGACAAGCAGAACGGCGGCACACACGAGGCCGAGAAGAACGUCCUGCUUCUGUCGCACGGCACCUCGAUCAUCCUCCUCAUCCUGUACAUUCUUUACCUGUACUUCCAGCUGUACUCCCACCACGCCCUAUUCGCCGACGUCGAGAACCAGGAAGGUGGAGAUGACGAGAACGAGGACGGCCAGAUCCUGUCCCCCGUCGCUGCUGGUGUUGCGCUCGUCCUCGUCACCGUCCUCGUCGCCAUUUGCGCCGAGUUCCUUGUCAACAGCAUCGACUCCAUCGUCGAGUCAGCACACAUCAGCAAGACGUUCGUCGGUUUGAUCCUUAUCCCCAUUGUUGGAAACGCCGCUGAACACGUAACUGCUGUUAUCGUCGCAUACAAGGGCAAGAUGGACCUGGCCAUCAACGUUGCAAUUGGCAGCUCCAUGCAGAUCGCGCUUUUCGUCACUCCCUUCCUCGUUAUCCUCGGCUGGAUCAUGGGACAGCCCAUGACCCUGCACUUCCAGGGCUUCGAGACCAUCAUCUUCUUCAUCUCGGUGCUGAUCGUCAACUACUUGAUCCAGGAUGGAAAGAGCAACUACCUUGAGGGCGCCAUGUGCCUCGGAACAUACGCCAUCAUCGCGCUUGCUUUCUACAUUUACCCCGACAACGUCCAGGGCGAUCCUACCGGUAACGGUCUCGUUCAGAGGUUUUUCGCCACCAGCUAAGAGCUGACCAGUCUUACCUCAACCUCCCCAACCAACCCCCUCGGCCUUCUGAAAUGGAGGCUAGUCCGAAACACAGUCGCUUGCAGAGCGAUGCGA